AGCUACGCAAUUUUUUUUUUUGAAGUUGUGAAAUCGAAUCGCGAUUGAACUGAGGAGGAUGGCAUUAUCUAUAAAAUAAGUUUAGUGUUGUUUGUAUUGUACGUUUCCGUUAGCUUUUCUAUGGUGUUGAAUGUUACAUAAACGGCACAUAACGGGUGGUGAUAGGCGAAUAACCGUUGAAAAUUUAGAGGAACCGUGGAAAUGUAAAAUUUACCAUCCCGUGCUCGAUUAUCUGGCUGGCUGAUGUGUCAAUGGCGGAAGCAGAAACGCGAUGGAGACGCAUGGUGGCGCACGUUUUUCGCUGUCCGCCCGAUCCUCUCGCCAUCGGUGACGCGUCGAAAAAAGUUAUGGAAACUUUUUGGAAAGCUGUCAGCCGCAAGAAACCCAACAACGACGACGGAAGCCACUCGAAGCUAGCGCGCGUACUGACCCUGCUCGAUCUGACCGGGCUCGGCGUGGGCAGUACGCUCGGCCUGGGUGCGUACGUACUGGCCGGGUCCGUAGCGUACGAGCAGGCCGGUCCGGGUGUGGUCAUUUCCUUCGUCAUUGCAGCGCUAGCGGCGGCCAUUGCCGGCCUGUGCUAUGCGGAGUUUGCAUCGCGCGUACCGAAGGCGGGCUCCGCGUACAUCUACACCUACAUUACGAUCGGCGAGUUUGCUGCGUUCACGAUCGGCUGGAAUCUGAUGCUGGAGUACAUUAUUGGCACAGCAAGUGUCGCGAGAGGCUUGAGCGGCUACAUCGACGCACUGAUCGACCACCGGAUGGGUAACGCCAUCAAAGAUGUGAUCCAGAUGAAGGUUAGCUUCUUGGCCGAGUAUCCGGACGUGUUUUCCUUCCUGGUUGUGCUGGUGAUAACGGCCCUGCUAGCGUACGGUGUGAAAGAAUCCACCCUGCUGAACAAUCUCUUCACCGGCGUCAAUCUCAUCGUGAUUGCGGUUGUGCUCGUGUCGGUAGGCAUUAAGGCCGACCCGGCCAACUGGACCAUACAACCGAACGAUCCGAGCGUACCGGCCGGCGUUGACAUCGGUGCCGGUGGAUUCCUUCCGUACGGGAUCGCGGGCGUAAUGGCUGGUGCGGCUAAAUGUUUUUACGGCUACGUAGGGUUCGAUUGUAUCGCUACGACCGGCGAGGAGGCACAGAAUCCUUCGCGAAACAUUCCUCUAGCCAUCAUCAUGUCGCUGGUCAUCAUCUUCCUCUCUUACUUCGGUGUGGCCACCGUGCUUACGAUGGCCCUGCCGUACUACCUGCAAAACCCGAUCGCACCCUUCCCCCGGCUAUUCGACUAUCUUGGCUGGCAGGAGAUUAAGUGGAUCGUCUCGAUCGGUGCGAUAUUUUCGCUGUGCACCAACUCACUGGGAGCGAUGUUUCCGCUGCCCCGCGUACUGUACGCCAUGUCCUCGGACGGACUAAUCUACAAGCAGCUGCGCACGGUUCACCCGAAAACCAAAACACCCCUACUGGCCACUAUCCUGUCCGGGAUCUUCUCCGGCACGAUGGCGAUGCUGUUCAAUCUGCACCAGCUGAUCGAUAUGAUGUCGAUCGGAACACUGCUCGCCUACACGAUCGUCGCGGUGAGUGUGCUGGUGUUGCGUUACGAGCAAAACACCAACUUCAUCGUCAGCUCACAGACGAAAUCGUCCACCGUCGUGAAGCAGCUGUUCAAUCUGACCUGCCUCACGGUUCCGAGCAGCUUGUCGUCCGAUAUUGUGAAGGUGUGCGUGCUUAUCUACGCGAUCGCCAUCAGUGUGAUCAGCGCAAUUCUAGUACACGCCCAGACCCAUCUCAACGACUACAAUCCACUCAUGUGCACCCUGCUAGCGGCUAUGACCGUUGUAGCGAUACUGCUGACGCUUAUCAUCUCCUGCCAGCCGACCGAGGAGCGGCAGCUUACCUUCCGCGUACCGUUCGUCCCGUUCGUACCGCUGCUCAGCAUCUUGGUGAACGUGUACCUCAUGUUCCAGCUGGACGCGGCCACCUGGGUACGGUUUCUGGUGUGGCUGCUGGUGGGCUUCAUCAUCUACUUUUCGUACGGCAUUCGCCACUCGGUGCAAGGUUCGGGCAGCCAAACGCUGUCCGAAAGUCAGCUAGACAUACCAUUCGCCAUGUUUACGACGGUGAAGCUGUAGCGGGCUCUCGCGCGGCAAUCGCCGUCACACCUAUUUUAGUGCGAUCAAGACAUUAGGGAUGUACGUUCGGUAGUUAGACAGUUGCAUGUAGUGAUGUAGCGCGGUAGAAAGCAUUAAACUAGUAGGGAGCCGCAACGGAAAGCAAACAAACAGAAACAUUCACUGGUAAACGUGUAGCAUGGAACCGUUUUAGGUUAGGAAUCUCGGGAAAGAGGGGGGGGGAGGGACUUCUUUUUGACGUUCAUCACUCACAGUAGACGCUCUGCAGGGAACACUUAGUAUAUCGUAAGCAACCCAUUACUCAUUAUGAGCCUUGGGGGGAAUUAGUUUUGUUUUAUAUUUUGCACAAAUAAAAUCAACAGCUCACAAUUAAGUGCUUGUGCUCGUGA